UACUUAAACUUCCAAGCAAUCAUUCAUUAACCUACUUCAUUCCCAGGCUCUCCUGCUGUUUCUCUGGAUCUUCAUUGUUUAGGAGUUUGCAGCUCUACUCAUAGAAUGGAGGUUUUCCACCAGAGUUCCUGAGCUGCCUGAUCAUUUGACACAAACACACCCUCGCAGCAUUUUCUCCUCUUAGGAUGAUGCUGUGCUCGAUCUUGCGUCCGUCGCUCCCUCACCUCCUGUCGUUGAGAUGUCUGGGUACUGUGGCCUCCAGGUCAGCAGCAGUGAAGGAAGCUGACAUUCUCUCAGCUACGCUGUCCUUUGAGGAUCCCCGGGCCUUCAGGGUGAAGAGCUGGGGAGAGCUGCUACGUGCACUUGGCAUCUUCCGCCUUUGUUCCUUCUCUAUUCUGGUCAACAACUGUGGAAAGCUGAUGUCUGUGACUCGAACCCUCCUAGGGAGCAGGGGCUUCUCCUUCCUGCUCAAACCCACUGUUUAUGCCCAGUUUGUGGCUGGAGAGAAUGAGAGUGAGAUCUCUGAGUCCAUGAAGAAGAUGAGCUCGCUGGGCCUGAGGCCGAUGCUGGCUGUACCUAUCGAGGAGGUCCUGGGAGAGAGCACAGGGGAAAAGCAGUACGACAAAAACAUGGAGACCAUGCUGGAAUGUGUGAAAAUGUCCAGCAGCAACACCUGGAGUGUGGACCCGAUGAUGCAGCUGAAGAUCACGGCGCUACUCAGCUCGGAGCUGUGUGUGAAACUCACAACCCUCAUGUCACAACGAUCGUAUAAUCUGAGUCUCCUCGUCAAGGCCAUGGAUGGACAACAUGUCAGCUUCCCUGGGUUGAAGGAAAAUGAGGCUGCUCACUUCCUGUGUGGCCUGCAGAGACUCAACACAAUAGCAGAGGCAAGUGUGAACAAAGUCCGAGUCCUGGUUGAUGCAGAAUACACCUAUAUUAACCCUGCGCUGUCUCUUGUCACCAUGGCGAUGAUGAUGAAGUUUAACAAAGAUGGCGCCUGGAUUUGGAACACCUAUCAAUGCUAUUUAAAGGAGUCCAGGUCUCUCCUGUUAGAGGCUCUGCGUCUGUCUGAGACCGAAGGCUUCUGUCUGGGUGUUAAACUGGUGAGAGGAGCCUACAUGGACAAAGAAAGGAAGCAGGCAGAGAGAGAAGGUCAAGAAGAUCCGGUCCACGGAAGCUGGGAGGACACCAAUAACAGUUAUAACGGGUCCCUAGAUUUGAUGCUGGAUGUAAUAUCUGAGAAACCUGAGAGCUACAGAAUCAUAGUGGCUACUCAUAACGAGGAGUCAGUGAGGAGAGCCGCCAAACGGAUGGAGGAGCUGAACAUAAACAAAGAUGGCGGCUCGGUGUGCUUCGGCCAGCUGUUAGGAAUGUGUGAUCACGUCUCUCUUACUCUGGCUCAGGAAGGUUAUAUUGUGUACAAGUCGGUGCCAUAUGGCUCUGUGGAUGACACGCUGCCCUACUUGGUGCGCCGGGCUCAGGAGAACCGCACAGUGCUGCAGGGGAUUCGUAAAGAGAGGGAUCUGCUGAGGCAGGAGCUGAAACACCGACUGAAGCUGAGUCUGAAGGGAGCGAGCUGAUAACAGAAGAGGACCCAAAGUGAAAUGGUGUCAGAUCUAGCUGACAGACACUUUACUAAGAUAAACAGAAAUAUAACACACACACACACACACACACACACACACACACACACACACACACACACACACACACACACACACACACACACACACACACACACGCACGCACGCACGCACGCACACACACACACACACACUUGCCUGUGUACGGACAAUUAAAGGUCAACUUAACAGAUUUUCUUCUAAUUGAUCAUGGGUCACUCUGAGUGUUUCAUGCAGGCUGAACAUGAAAAUAGGCUCCUACACCUAUCUUACGCCUAUUGUUUUCAC